UAGCGAAAGCACAGGUGUAACUUGCCGUAAAGUGAAGUGCAUUUCUAAUGGCUUUUCACUAACUGCCACUGAGUGGGAACAAAGCAACACAAAGUGGAGAAGUUACCGAGCCAGUCAGCAGGGGCCGCCCCUUGUUAUGGUGCAGCUGGAGGCGGAGAUUUGCUCUUUGCUCAGGGAUGAAAGGGUGGAGGGAGACGGAGAGCGUUUAAAUCGUGAUUCCAAUCGGGAAUGUUCCCGGAGCAGGAAAGACCGGUUGGGAGGAGGAGGUGAGAGUCCAAAGCGCUGGGGAUUGGCUGGAAAUGCGGAGCUGCUUGCUGGUUAGAGAAGUUUGAUCCCGAGCAGUGGAAGGUGCGCCCGGCAGAGCCCCGCUUGCUCAGAGCCGGCCAGCAACAUGAGGGGUGCGGCGGCGGAGUUGGGCAGGUCCCGAGCGAGGGGGAGCAUCUGGUCCCCGGAGCGGAGCACUUCAGUGUCUUCAGAGCUGCUCGGGGAUGGUCCGGGAGAUGACCUGGAGAACGGCCCGGCUCCGGGUCUGAUGGACCUGCUGACCAACUUUGCCAAGGCUUUCAUUUACCUUUUCCCCAUCUACUUGAUGGGCUACUUCGGAUUGAGCCUCACCUGGAUUGUAUUCGGGCUCCUGCUGUGGAUUUGGUGGAAGAGAAACAGAGGUUGGAAGUGUGCUCGUCUACAGGCAGCGUUUCAAUUGCUGGACGAUGAAAAAUUCGUGAUUACCAAUGAGAUUAAACAAGAUCUCCCACCGUGGGUUCAUUUUCCAGAUGUAGAAAGAGUCGAAUGGUUGAACAAGAUUUUAAAACAAGCCUGGCCAUAUUUUGGGAUGUAUCUGGAAAGAACAUUUAAAGACAUCAUUGAGCCUUUAAUAUGUGGAUCAAAUGUUUGCUUGAAAACAUUCACCUUCUCAAAACUUAAUUUUGGUGAAAAGUCACCUAAAAUCUCUGGUGUCAAAGUGUAUACUGAGCAGGUGGACAGACGACAAGUGAUCAUUGAUUUGCAAAUUAGCUAUGUAGGGGAUUGUGAAAUUAAUGUGGAGGUGAAGAAAGUAUGUAAAGCUGGCUUAAAGGGAAUUCAGCUACACGGCACACUCCGAGUGAUCCUAGAACCUCUCUCCAGUCAGAUGCCUCUGGUUGGAGCUGUGACUUUGUUCUUCCUUCGCCGACCAGUGCUGGAAAUCAACUGGACAGGACUAACCAAUAUACUGGAUAUUCCUGGACUCAAUGGGUUGUCAGACACAAAGAUUCUCGACACUAUUGCUUCAUACCUGGUAUUGCCUAAUAGGUACACCUGCCCAUUGAUUGAUCAAGUCAGUGUUUCUCAGCUAAGAUUUCCUUUACCACAUGGUGUUGUGAGAAUAUAUCUAAACAAAGCUGCUAAUUUAAUAAGGAAAGACACAUACCUAAUGGGUAUGGUCCCAGGGAAGUCUGAUCCAUAUGCUAUUAUUCGAGUUGGGACACAGACUUUUCGCAGCAAAACUAUCAAAGGAAAUUUAAAUCCUGAAUGGUAUGAAAUUUAUGAGGCUGUAGUUCAUGAGGCCUUUGGACAAGAUUUGGAAAUGGAACUUUUUGAUGAAGACCCAGAUAAAGAUGACUUUCUGGGAAGCCUUGUUAUAGAUCUUGGUGAAGUCAUGAAAGACAGACUUGUGGAAGAGUGGUUUCCUCUGAGCGAUGUGGACCAUGGAAAAGUACAUCUAAAACUUGAAUGGCUGUCCUUGCACACUGAUCAAGAAAAUGAAUCUGUGGAUAUUGCUAUGAAGCAGAUUCUCCCAAACAAAUCAAAUGCAGUGCUGGUUGUUUAUCUGGAUAGUGCAUAUCAUCUACCUAGAAAUCAGUUUGAAUAUACGAACAAUGAAUACAGUAUGAAGAAAAAGAACAAAGCAAAAUAUAUCAAGUCAAUAAAGAAGACAAACCUGGAACCUAGCUGUUCUGUUCAGCUUGAAGUUGAAAAUGUCAAGCAAGAAAGUAAGAUUUGCUACAAUACUAGUGCACCGGUCUGGGAACAAGCAUUUACUUUCUUCAUCAAAAAUGUUCAUUCUGAGGGUCUAAACAUAGAGAUCAAAGACAAAGACCGAGAAUGUGCCCUUGGGAUCUUGACUGUUCCUUUCUACCAUUUGUUGAAAGCAACUGAUAUGACCCUCGACCAAAGGUUUCCACUCGACCAUUCAGGUCCCAGCAGCCUAAUAAAGUUGAAGCUGGUUCUUCGGGUUCUAAUCAAUGAGGAACCAGAUCCAGACAGUGUCUACACAGGUCUGAAUGCCCUGAAAAAAUGUCCUAUUUCGGUGAGGAAAAGGAAAACUGGAAACAAACCCAACACUCCUCCUUCAACGCUGAGAACACCAAAUGUUCCAAAGAUGUUUGAUGAUGGCACAGCGUGUGACCAGAUGGAGAGAAUAGAAAAUAAUAAACAGUCUAAUGAUACUGAUGAAAUUAUACCAGAACUGCAAACAACUGCAACACAAUCCAGUGCCUCAGAGGCCACAGAAAGAGAGAAAUCCAGUGCUAUACUUAAACCUGCCAGUUCCAUUGUUAAUCUUCAAGAUGGUGAUGUUCAACUGCAAAAUGGCACAGCCCUGACUGAGGAAUCUCUGGGCAAAAUCCAGCUGACUGUACGUUAUUCCACUCCACGUCACUCUCUGAUUGUAAUUGUUCACUGUUGCAGAAGCCUAAUACCCUGUUCAAAUGAUGGAUCAGAUCCAUAUGUCAGACUUUACCUUCUUCCUGACAAGAGCUGGUCAGGCCGGAGAAGAACACAAGUCAAGAAGAAGACUGUAGAUCCACAAUAUGAUGAAAAAUUUGAAUUUUCAGUUUCAUUGGAGGAAAUUCCUAAACGAAAAUUAGAUGUUGCUGUAAAAAACAACCGGUCAUUUCGAUCCCAUGAGAGGAAGGAACUUGGAAAGGUAUUGAUUGACAUUCCAAAGGAUAAUUUAACCCCAGGUUUUACAGAAUGGUAUAAACUAACAUGAUGGAUUGCCAAGCAAAGAAAGAGAAAAUGUUUGAUAUAUAACUCACCUGGAGCCUCAUUUGAUUUUCUGCAUAGGUCGAAGAAGGAUCUUGGAAUUUUUCCUGGUUGAUCACUUGGCAAGCUGGCUGUCACUUUGGUGUUCUAUUAAUUUCCUUUUGAUAGCAAAUGACUUUGCUUUGUGAGAGAAGAUUACAUGUAUGCCUAAAUUUUCUUUAGAAGUGUCCAGUUUUGUGUCAAUUAAGCUGAAUACUUUCGUCAAAACUGGGCAGACUGUAAGGAUUUGCACCUAUUAAACCGAAUGUAGAAGAAGUGAAGUUGCACUUUGAAACAGGGUUUUACAUAGAAACAUUGGUAAAUAAACCAUAUUUCUAAAGCUUCUCUCAAACUAUUUUGUUCCCCCAUUGGUUUAUGAACAAAAUUUCAUUCCUGAAGUAUAUGAUCUAGAUUCACAAGAGUGUUGUUUAAGCUCCUGCUUUUUAAUGUGCAUUUUCUCUACAUUCUAUUUAACUUUUGCCUUAAUAGAGGUUGUGUUUUAUGCAUUUAGCUUUUUGGGUAAAAUACCAGAGUUGUAUUAGUGCCUUAAAAUCCACUUUUCUACCACCAAACUUACUAUUUUGUUAUCAGUGUGAUGCAUAUUAACUGGAAUAAAGUCUUGGAAAAGCAGGUGGCAACAUAUUGUCAGUUAAAAAUAGAUUUUUCCUUAAUGUUUUAUCUAUUGUAAAUAUCAUGUGACACUGGUUAUUUCCUGAAUGGAAAAUGCUUAGACCAUGGCUAUUAAAAUAUGAAUUGCUAUUUAUUAGCAGCUGUAAAUAAAUUGAUUUCAUAUGAACCA